AUGUUAGGGACUGUGAAGAUGGAAGGGCAUGAGAGCAGCGACUGGAACAGCUACUACGCGGACACACAGGAGGCCUACUCCUCGGUCCCCGUCAGCAACAUGAACUCGGGCCUGGGCUCUAUGAACUCCAUGAACACCUACAUGACCAUGAACACCAUGACCACCAGCGGCAACAUGACCCCAGCUUCGUUCAACAUGUCCUACGCAAACCCGGGCCUGGGCGCCGGCCUGAGUCCGGGCGCGGUGGCUGGCAUGCCAGGAGGCUCCGCGGGCGCCAUGAACAGCAUGACGGCUGCGGGCGUGACGGCCAUGGGGACAACGCUGAGCCCCGGCGGCAUGGGCGCCAUGGGCGCGCAGCCCGCGGCCUCCAUGAACGGCCUGAGCCCCUACGCCGCUGCCAUGAACCCGUGCAUGAGCCCCAUGGCGUACGCGCCGUCCAACCUGGGCCGCAGCCGAGCGAGUGGCGGCGGCGACGCCAAGACUUUCAAGCGCAGCUACCCGCACGCCAAGCCGCCCUACUCGUACAUCUCGCUCAUCACCAUGGCCAUCCAGCAGGCGCCCAGCAAGAUGCUCACGCUAAGCGAGAUCUACCAGUGGAUCAUGGACCUCUUCCCUUAUUACCGGCAGAACCAGCAACGUUGGCAGAACUCCAUCCGGCACUCGCUGUCCUUCAACGACUGCUUCGUCAAAGUGGCGCGAUCCCCGGACAAGCCAGGCAAAGGCUCCUACUGGACGCUGCACCCGGACUCCGGCAACAUGUUUGAGAACGGUUGUUACUUGCGCCGACAGAAGCGCUUCAAGUGUGAGAAGCAGCCAGGGGCCGGGGGCGGAAGCGGGAGCGGAGGCGGCGGCGGCGGCGGCGGCGGCGCCAAGGGCGGCCCGGAGAGCCGCAAGGACCCCUCGAGCGCCGCCAACCCCAGUGCCAAUUCUCCCCUUCAUCGGGGCGUGCACGGUAAGGCGGGCCAGCUAGAGGGCGCGCCGGCCCCCGGGCCUGCUGCCAGCCCCCAGACUCUGGACCACAGCGGGGCGACAGCGACAGGGGGCGCCUCGGAGUUGAAGACUCCAGCCUCCUCGGCGGCGCCCCCGAUCAGCUCUGGGCCAGGGGCACUGGUUUCUGUGCCUCCCUCCCACCCGGCGCAUGGCCUGGCACCCCACGAGUCCCAGCUGCACCUGAAGGGGGACCCCCACUACUCCUUCAACCACCCCUUUUCCAUCAACAACCUCAUGUCCUCCUCGGAGCAGCAGCACAAGCUGGACUUCAAGGCGUACGAGCAGGCACUACAGUACUCGCCCUAUGGCGCUGCGUUGCCCGCCAGCCUGCCGCUCGGCAGCGCCUCGGUGGCCACCAGGAGCCCCAUCGAGCCCUCAGCCCUGGAGCCAGCGUACUACCAAGGUGUGUAUUCCAGACCCGUCCUAAACACUUCCUAG